AUGGAAAGAAUUGAUUGCAGUAUGGAGGUCAAGAUAUCCGGCUACAUUGCCAGCAUGCUACAGCCGAUUGUGGAGAAAGUCGGGCCGGAGAACAUCGUUGAUCUCUGCAUGGACAGUGGCAGUAGCUACGCUGGCACUUGCCGAGAACUGACGUGUGAGUGGCCGCACGUUGAGUACGUUCCUUCUGCGGUGCAUGCAUUGAAUCUGCUAAUGGAGGACCUUGGGAAGAUGGGAUGGGCCAAGGGGGUGGUUGACAGAACGGAUGAGCUUAUUGGGGGGGGAGGUUCUCAAGGGGGGCUGGAGGUGGCAGCAGAGGACAGCCUUGACUCUCCAGUCUCUGGUGAGUUUGAUGAUGAGAAGCCGGUAGAGGAGGAAGAGGAGGAAGAGGAGGAAGAGGAGGAAGAGGAGGAAGAGAAGGAAGAGGAGGAAGAGGAGGAAGAGGAGGAAGAGAAGGAAGAGGAGAAAGAGGAGGAAGAGGAAGAGGAGGAGGAAGAAGAGGAGGAAGAGGAGGACGAAGAAGAGGAAGAGGAAUAUAGAAGCUGA